ACUUUCGCCGCGCCCCCUUCCCGGCGUGAUGGCGCGCGGGAGAGGGAAGAUGGCGGCCGGUAGCCGCGGAGCAUCGCCCGAAGGAGCCGCGGAGGUUCGCGAAAAGGCCUUGGAGGAGACGGUGAACCGCUGGACCCUCCUCUUCUAUGCCCACCGGGCCCUUCAGGCUUUCCGGGCCGGCCGCAGCCAGGACUUUCGCCAGUUGCGGGACGUCAUAUACGCUGUGCUUGCGCGGCCCCUAGCACUAGAGAAAUGCAUUGGCAUUCAGCUGCGGAUUAUCCAGUUUCUGUCUAGGAUUGAAGAAGAUUGGACCAUUGAUACCAAGACCAAGUUAACACCUCUUGAACAUGCCCUUGUUCUUUUGGAUAAGAUGAAGAAUGAAUUGGACAUAGACAUUGAUGUAAUAGAAGAAAUAAGAAAAAAAAUAAAGGAAGCAGCUGUUAUAACCUGUCUAAAAAACAAAGAAUACGAACAAGCCAGCAAGAUCUUGAAGAAACACAUGUCAAAGGACCCAAGUUCCCAGGUGAGCUUUCAGCAGAAAUUGAGCUCAGUGUUGCAGAACAUCAUCCGAGAAAAAAACUUCGCUCAUCCAGCCAUCUGGAACUUCUCCUAUAAAGCUUUCCAGCAGAGAAUACUUCUAUAUUUAGAAAGCUGCUUGAGUGACUCUGAGCCCUUUCUCCUAGAGAUGGCAAAAAAGGAUUUGGACGAGACGAGGCUCAAUCCUUUGGAAAUGGCCAGCAAGGAGGAAAUGGUGAAAGAAACCUCAGAGAUAGCAGCAGCAGAUAAACCUGAAUCUGUGGGAAGACCUGAUGAGACUUUGGAAGAGCCCAGGCCUGAGGGAGGGUCUAGCAAUACAGUGGAAGAACAGCCAAAGUCUCUUGGGGGAGACCAUGAGACAGCCUCAAGGCCUUUGAUGGAGGCAAAGGGAGCUGUUUUGGAACUUGCUAAAGUGGUUGAUGAGUCCCAGGCAGCUUCAAAGCCAGAAGAAGAAACCAGUGGAGCUGCAGAACCUGCUGUGGUUGCUGCUGCCACUGUCUCAGUAGCUUCCAGUGACUCUGACAGGUGCUUGCCUAAGAGGAUGGGCUCGUAUGGGUUUUCUACUCUGAGAGACGCUUUCAAGAUGCUGUCCAAUUCCCCAGAUGCAGAUGAAGAGUUUUCAAAACUGGACAAGUUGGACUGGACUUUUCCCAAGCCAUGUUUGGCUUCUGAUUUCCACGCAGCCAAGUGCCAAAGGGAGAAGAACCAUGCUGCCUCCAGGCCGCACCCCAGUGAACGCUCAGUGUCCAUAAGCACACUGGUUAUGGGGUCAGAGAGCUGGAACCCCCCAACUUCCUGCCAGGUUUCAUCCAAGAGGCCUGUGGCAACUUUGGUUGUCCGGCUUGAACAACCCCAAAUACCCACCCAGCCUGAUGAUACCUCCCAAUAUCCCAGAUUAGCCAAGAGGAGACUGAUUUGUUUAGAUCAGGCUGAAGAAAAGGAGGUCUGGAGUGAUGAGGAUGAACUCUUUGAAUCGAAGGAAGAAAGCAGCAGCAGCAUCAACACUUCCCUCUUGGAUUCUAAAAGGAAGUUCUGGACUUCAGAGGAGUCUCGGUGGAUUAAGGAAGGCGUGAAGAAGUUUGGAGAAGGGAGGUGGAAAGCCAUUUCCCAGGCUUUCCCCUUUAAGAACAGGACUCCUGUGGCGAUCAAGGACCGAUGGCGGACAAUGAAGAAUCUGGGGCUCUCGUGAACCUGGGGAAUGACCUGGAGGCAAGUGCCUGAGCUCCAGCGCUAUGUGGACAUAGGGUGGGCCAGAGGUACUUUUGCAGUGUAUUGCAUUGGGCCAGCAGGCUGAUGACCACAAUCUCUUAGCAUCACUAGAGGCUUCUCCCUCUGCUUUCUGACACAGGCUCUCCUCCUCCCUCCAUUUUUUUCCCAAUACUGAAAAUACAGAUUCAACCAACAGAACUUGUGUAAAUAAUCGGUAUGGAAAGUGUGCACGUUUUACAGUAUUAAAAAAUGUCAUUUCAAAUUUUUAUUACUUGUCUUUUAAAUGUUACUUUUCACUGUAGGUCUGCUGUGAUAUUAAUAAACUGGUAUUAUCCCAUAAUCAUCUGGAGUACAAAUGCUAUAAAUAAGGUUAAAGUAAAAAGACACAAAGAGGACAACAUCAUCUUAUAGUCUCAAACAUUCUAAUUUACUUGUGGAAUCAACUUAUUUCAAUUAGUAUUAAUAACAUACUAUAUAAAAUCCCACCACACUGCACCAAAAUCCAAAGGUUAUGCCUCACCUUGAAUUAAUUUAAAACUAAAUGUAAUUUUUACUGAAAUUGCAGUGUUGCACAUGUUUUUAUACCACAAAAUAUUUCCAGUGUUGGACAAUAGACCGCCUUGCUACAGUUGGUAAAGUGUUGAGUUCUUUAGAUACUACGUUUUUAUUUGUACCUUGGAACAUUGUUAAAAUAAAAAGCUAUGGAGUGAAUUCAAUUGUUUAUUAGUGCUGUUAGUUCUAUGUGAACCAGGGACCAAACAACUUGUAUUCAAGAACAAGUCCACCAUAAAUGUAUAUUUGUCCCCUUAGUGUCAUAUCCACACCAACAUAAGGGGCUUAUAGUUGAUGUGAUGUUGGGAUGGAGUCCUAUACCACCUGUGGAAGAUUUUGAGUGGAAGUUCUUUAAUACUUGCAGACACUGACUUAAAGGGUUUCUUCAUCUAUAUGCCUUUCCAAAUUGAGUCUUCCACUGUUACUUUUACAUCAUAUUCCCAUAUUGAUUUUAGGCUAGACAAGUCCCCAAAUUAAUUCUGUAUUAAGUGACCAUAAAAUUUUGAUACUAUUUCCUUACCUCAAUUACCUAGUGGCACCUUGGAUCAUUCAAAAGAAGUUGCAUGUAAUUUAACUAUCAGAUCCUUUAGUAAAUGUUGAAUUUGUUGAAUUUGAAGCCUGUUUAAAGUUAAUUCCCAUUUUUUGUGCAUUUAAAGGUUACUGGUCUUACUCCUGUAAAAAAAAAUCACACAGUCUGAAAUAACCCAAUUUUACCCUGUUCUUUAUUUUAGCUUUUAAAGUAUCAUCUUUCAGACUGGCCUAUGUCUGCAGAGCAGUGAGCAGUGAACAACCUGGGAAGAGUCAACUUCCAUUUUUUCCGUAUCCUCAGUUUAGUUUGUAAAUAUGGGUUAUUCAUUUGGGCGAUAAUUUUAAGGAUUAAGGUUUUUGAAAGAUAAAGCACAUAGCAGACCUAGGGCUAUUUGUUUUUCUUCCAAAUUAAUCCAUUUCUUACCAUCAUUCAUAAUCAAGAAAGCCUGCUGUCUCAAUUGGAAUUCAACAUGGUAUACUGAGAAGUUUGGUAAACCCCUUCAUUAAAAAAAGAAAAGAAAAGAUUUCAUGUGCAACCUUGAAGACUUACCUUGAAAAAUGAAACAAUUUUACUUUGCCAUUUGGACGUUGGAGAAAAGUAGGGAGGACCUGAAAAAGGGACAGAAAAUGGUGAAUUAACAUAUGUACUGCUGCAAUAGAGCCUAAAAUGGAAAGGUUAAAUUUGUUCCAUUUUUUUUAAAGUCUGUGUUCAUUUUUAAAAUAAUGGGAUAAUUCAGUUUAGAUUCAUGGUUCAUGAUUUUUAGAAUUGGCACACCCCCAAGUCUCCAAAUGCAGACUAUGACAUGUGUGUAUUUGAAUCAGUGGUGGAAGACUGAAAAACAUUGAUUUUCCAAUGUUUACUCUUAAGCCUGUCACUUCAGAAAAAGAUAUUAAUUCUUCCAUUAAUGCACAGGCUGACCCCUUAGGGCCUUUCAUCAUCACAACAAUAUCAUCUGCAUACAUUGUCAACAGAUGUUCUUCGCCCUCUCUCG